AUGGAUUCCCGUAAGUCGGUCCUGCACGCCAAGCUCGAAAGCUCUCGUUGCUCCACGCCGGAGGCAGCAAGAUACAGACGGACGCCUUCGAAAACGCUCUCGCGGACCAAGCAACGCACCCAGACGACAGGCUUGCCCCCCGACUUCCCGUGCUACGCGGCCAUCAAGCACCAUGCCACUGUUGUGGAACAGGUAUUGCGUGCUGCGAAAGCCGCGGCCCACCGAGUGGGGAUCGUCACACUCUCGGAGAGGCCUUGGGUUUUCGAGUCGGCAGAUAAGUAUCUUCCAGGACUUGAUGUUGCAGAGCUCCUGAAGGAGCUCCAGAUUCCCGUGUACUAUGCGCCGGAGCAUCAGCACGAGAGCGGUUCUGACGAAGAGGAUCCGAAGGUUAGCAUGAAGAAGGCAGCGAUGGCCGAGUUCCUUCAGGUGGGUUUCGGCCACGAUGCCUCGUCCGACGGCUCGCUGAACGUUGUGUCCAUCGGCGACUCCAUGGUCGAGAAGGAGGCUGCCGAAGCCACGGUGCGCUCAGUGGAGCUGAGCAAGACCCAACCGAGCCUUUGCAAGACGGUGAAGCUCAUCAGUGACCCUUCCUUGAAGCAGCUCACGGACGAGCUUCAGAUCCUCUCCUCGAAGCUUCAGCCGAUCAUAGGUCACCCCAGAGAUCUUGACCUGCAUGUGCAGAGCCCAGAAGACCUCACUGCGCAGAUUGCCACCCUGUCGGGAGCAUGA